GUCUACUAUCAUUAGCUGAUAUAGAAAUUAGAAAUUUAGAAACCGAAACAACACCAGUUGCUGACGCAUUAGCCAAUUCUAUCUUUUUAAAGAACAAAGUCUAAAUGCUUUUUUAGAGAGAGAAAAGCUAAGAAAAGAUUGUGAAUUUGGAGGCUAUAUCCAUCUGGGCACUCCCUUCGGUAUUAUACAAUCUCUCUCUCUCCCAUCUCUUUUUCUCCAUAGAAAUAGUGGAUUUGCUAACCCUUUUGUCUGAUUGUUGACCUCUGCUUUCUUUGAGGUUUUCUCGAGGAGAAAACUUUGUUCUUUUUUAAGAGUUUGAUCCGGGUAAAAGAUGAGUACACUCGAUGCAACUAGAGCAGAACUGGCUCUUGUAGUUCUGUAUCUGAAUAAGGCUGAAGCCAGGGACAAGAUUUGUAGGGCAAUUCAAUAUGGUUCAAAAUUUUUGAGUGACGGACAAGCUGGUACUGCCCAAAAUGUUGACAAAUCAACCAGCUUAGCUCGGAAAGUUUUCCGUCUUUUUAAGUUUGUCAACGAUCUGCACGGUCUUAUUAGUCCAGUUCCUCAAGGGACCCCCUUGCCUCUUGUUUUAUUGGGAAAGUCUAAAAAUGCGUUGUUGUCAACUUUCUUGUUUCUUGAUCAAAUUGUUUGGCUGGGUAGAAGUGGAAUUUACAAGAACAAAGAACGUGUUGAGCUAAUUGGCCGGAUUUCCCUUUUCUGUUGGAUGGGAUCCUCAAUUUGUACUACUUUGGUUGAGGUUGGGGAGCUUGGGAGGCUUUCUGCGUCAAUGAAGAAGUUGGAGAAGGAGCUUAAGGAGGGUGAAAAAAAUCAUAAUGAGCAAUAUCGUGCUAAACUUAAAAAAUCAAAUGAAAGGUCACUAGCCCUUGUCAAAUCAGCCAUGGACAUUGUAGUUGCUGUUGGGCUACUUCAAUUGGCACCCAAGAAAGUCACUCCUCGAGUUACAGGAGGUUUUGGGUUUGUUAGCUCUCUUAUCUCUUGCUACCAGUUGCUUCCAUCGCCACAGAAGUCUAAGACAACUUGAAGACACAACACCGUUCUGGUCAACAAGUUAAAUGUCAUCUAAAUAAUUACUUGAACCUUGUGACCAAUCCUUAUUUGUGUAAGCUUUGUUAGCUGCUAGUCAUCCUGAGGGUGACCUAGAAGGUUCAUUUACCUAUUUAAUUUUCACUAUAUUCAGCACCCUUGUUGUCACAAUUCACAGUUCAUUACAAUCUCUUGCAUUAGCAAAAUAAUAAUUCACGAAUUUCAUC